AUGAUUUCAUUGAUCAAUGAAAUUCCGCAAGUCGGGAUUUUAUAUCAAUUCGAUAAAAAUAUUUUUAGAGCCUCAACAGUUGCAAAAUCUAAACCAGGGACACGAAAAGCACGACCAGGACCACGACAACAAGUAUUUACAGAUGUAAGAGGUGAAUUUAAAAUAAUUGAUUUAAGGCCUUGGCUUAGGGGAUUUGAUACAAAAUGCAUAAUACUAGAACGUGCAUCAAGAAUUAAUGCACCAGUCAAUAUCUUCCUGGUAGCCGAUGAAACUGCUAUGUGCAGAAUGGCAAUCUGGGGAGAUGUUGGGAAUGAACUUAGGGUGCAAGAUGUUGUGGAUAUUAAAAAUGGUGAAACAAGAUUAUUCGAUAGAAGAUUACGAUUAAUAUUAAAUAGAAAUGGUGGAGAAAUUAGGAUUAUUGAACGGUAA